UAAUAUACUUAUUGAAAUUUAAGCAAGUAUUUCUAUAAAAGGUUUGAUAUGCUUAGGCCACAUCUCAUGUCUACUCAUGUUUACCUAAUGAUUUUGGUUUAAAAAUUGCAGGUUCAAUGUUUUAUCCAAAUUCUUACAUUGGAUAAAUACGGAUAUGCCAAUAAUUCAAUUAAUAUUAGUAGAUAGCUCAUUCAUAUUUACACGUGAACUAAGAGCUGUUUAGCAUUUAAAUGCACGCACUGAAAGCCAAAGCCCCGCCUCUCACCUCAUCCCUAUGUGUCUCCACCUCCUGUGAUCUCAAUAUUUAAUUAAGAGCCAGACUAAGUGAUGUUGUGCAUGCACACAGUAGAAAAAAGGUGACGCUGCCAUCUCCUGCAGCAGAGCACCAGAUACAACCUCCACAAGUCUCGUCUUUGUCAUCUCUUGUUCAAAUUCUCCACCUUCCUUGAUAAUGUUUUUGGUCUUAUAUUACAAAUGGACUUUCAGUGAAGGAGUUGCGUCAUUUGAGUUCAUCCUCACCCUCCUGUAUACUUAGACCAUGUCUUUUUGUACACUUGGACCUUAUUGAACGACACCUGCAGACUUGCAUCAAUAUGGAGGAGUUUAUGGAGGACCACCAUUGCGGAGACUCUCUCUUCCCAACCUCCACCCUCAUUCCUGUCACCACCAUUUGCAUCCUGCUCUUCAUCGUCGGCGUAACCGGCAACACCAUGACCAUCCUCAUUAUCCAGCGCUUCAAGGACAUGAAGACCACCACCAACCUGUAUCUCUCCAGCAUGGCCAUCUCAGACCUGGUCAUCUUCCUCAGCCUCCCCUUCGACCUCUACCGCCUCUGGAAGUACGUACCUUGGGUCUUCGGGGAGCUGGUGUGCAGUCUUUCACACUACAUCAAUGAAGCGUGCACCAACGCCACCAUCCUCCACAUCACAGUGCUCAGCAUGGAGCGUUACCUGGCCAUCUGCUUCCCUUUCAAAGCCAAGGCUGCCAUCACCAAGCGGAGGGUCAAGUAUGUCAUCUUGGCUCUGUGGGGCUUUGCCCUACUGUCUGCUGCACCGAUGUUCUUCCUGAUGGGUGUGGAGUACGAGAACGAGACGAUACCUGAUCCAGGCACGCGGCAGUGCAAGCACACACGCUAUGCCAUUGACUCUGGGUUACUGCACACCACCAUCUGGGUGUCGACCACCUACUUCUUCUGCCCCAUGUUUUGCCUGCUCUUCCUGUACGGAUCCAUUGGACGAAAGUUGUGGAAGAGUCGUCAUGAGCUUCAUGGGCCCAAUGCGGCAGCCAGACAGAAGGUUAAUCGGCAGACUGUCAAGAUUCUGGCUGUUGUUGUAUUGGUCUUUGCCAUAUGCUGGCUGCCGUACCACAUCGGUCGGUUCCUCUUCACACACGUUGAUGACUACCACUCCGCCCGCCUCAGUCAGAACUUCAACGUGGCCUCCAUGGUGCUCUUCUACCUGAGUGCCUCAAUUAACCCCGUCCUCUACAACCUCAUGUCCAACAAGUACCGCUCUGCCAUCAAACGCCUCUUCCUGUUGGCCCGCAGGCACCACCACAGGCCCAACCGGAGGCAUAUUUCGACGCGUGAUGACAUCACCGCCUGCACAGAGACAUUCAGUGGGGUGAAAGAGACCAUAAUGACUAGGGUUGGGUCUCAAGAACCAGUUCCAUUUUAGAACUAUUUCCAAAUUUCCCAAGUAACUGUGGAUUUGAUUAGAUGUGUUCAUUUCGAUUCCGCUUACCGAUUCCUGUGUGCGCAUUUUAAUGUGAAUUUAAACCAAAUGCAAGAAGACAUGAAAGAGAAUGCAGUUCAGCACUCAGACACCUUUCAUGUAGUGUGCCAAUACUAAAUUGAGUUCUCUUUUGCGUCGUCUUGCGCUUGAAUGGGCAAAUGCACAC